AUGGGGCUUAUGAGCAAUACGGGCUUAUUGGCAACUGUCGCGCCGAAACACACUUUUUUAAGACAAAAGAGCACGGUACAACUACAAUGCGACGUGUCGCCGGCACCAUUUAUGCUCCGGCCAUACGCCGGUCUCUAUAAUCCGUUUCCACUCGCGUGCUCCGUUCUCUGCAACCAUCCUGCUGACACGGAAGCUAGAGAUGUCGUCAAAAAGGCCAAGGAUCAUUGGAUUGAGGGCAAAGGACAUUAUUUCCAAGAAGAUCUAUCAAAAUUCCAAGAUGGCGGCGGGGACAAAGAGAAGAACAGAACACCACAUGAUAUUUUUACUGAAGAUAUGUUUAGGAGAUACGCCGAAACAGACUCAAGACCACUCACUCCAGCUCCGACGCUCGCCAGCGGCAAGUCCAGGGGAUCUCGGCGGUGUCUCACACCUGACCAGCCUCAUCAGAGAACUACCAUCGUCUUGGAUCUGAGACGAAGUCAUAGCCAGGAAACGAUCUACUACCACGGCUAUGCUACCUCUGACGUGACGGGAGGUCCAAACACGAGCCCUACAAACGAUAGGUCAACGCUACCCUCUCUAAAUCUGUCUGAUGCCACCCAUAAUCGUCUCCUCAUGGGGCAGAACGAACAGCUACCUCCUCUCGCCUCCCCACUGGUGCUGAGCAGGAGAACUGUGCCAAUAAAGGAACCUCAGAGCGUCAGGAUUGCUAAAAAGAAUCAACUGAAAGCUUUAAACAUUGGCAAGCCUGCAAAGAAUAAGAACAACAAAGCUGAACAGCCAUCGUCUCAGCGAUCCAAGACUGAGAAAGAAACCAACGACGCGAAUGAGGCUAACGGAGAGGAAGGAGGUAGUGGUGAGGGGCGCAGGCGUGGUAAGAGGAGAAAAAAGGGCCGCCAGGGUGGAAGUGACCGACUGACGUCCGCAGGACUUGCUGCUCAGGCGCAACAGGAUCCUGAGACACAGAUCGCCGGCAUCGGCACGGACUCCCAAAACCCGAGUUCCCGUGGAUCUAUCGCACCAGCCGAGGAAGACGACAUCAUUGUACUCCCUGUCAUCAAACCUUUCGUGGUGGCCAAGAAGUCGGACUCCUUCCUUGAUGAUGAUAUCCUCAAGUUUCUACAUCGCGAAGUCGAUGAAGAAGCUAUUGAAACAGAAUUUAAUACAAAGCGUCGCUACGUAUUAGAAGAAGCGAUGCGCACCCGUCCAGACCGCGCGUACGGGCAGGAGAUGCAGGCGCUGCUGAAGGAGCUGAAGGUGCCCGCCGUCAGUCUCGGCGACUGGUUACAUAUACCGAGGGUGUUUUCACGGAAGAACGCUCAGUUCUCCCUACCGAUCGAUACUAACGCUUUGGAAAGUCUAACACCAAUGAAUUACGCAGCGCGUUACGUGACGUUGAAGAAGUCGAAGCAACUGUUGUACCUGACAGUGCUGAGGAAAUUCAGAGAACAUGGAUAUAGGAUGCCGAUCAAGAACAUAGAAGAAGGUCUAGUAAUGAUGAUGGGCGGCAGUCUGACGGCGGCACAAGCGAGCAGCUUCAGCACCAUCAUGGACUGGGACAACUACGAGGAAGAGGAGAACAUUCCUGAUGACAUCAAAGUCACUCUCAUCGACAAAUGGUACAAGAAACCUCUCAUCAGCACUGAGGCUGGAGAUGCAGAGUCGGAUGAGAACACCAUUAAGUAUCGGACUUGGUGUGGUCUUUGUGCAAUCUGCGAGCGGAUGUACGGACGGUUUCCACCCAGAGACAAAGAUCCACCUGACGGGAUCGAGUUGAGCGAUUUCUCAAUGGUUGAAUCAAAAAUAGUUGCGCUCAAAAUGAACAGUGGACUCAGGGAAAUAUUAAACGUUAUAAGGGAACGAUGA